AUGGCCCAGUGGCCCCAGUUUAUAACCCAGUCGUUCAAUUCAGCACUUGCCAUUGAUCCUACUGGCAAAGAUGAAUCUGUAUUCCAUGGACCAUAUACUCGUCUCCUCUAUAGUCUAUUCUCUUUGGAUGGCCUGUACGAGAUCGCGCCGAAGUACAAAUUCCAAGGCACUCAAGAUGCUUUCGAGCUCGUCACGAUUUUUGUUGUCGAGCCCCAACGGCAUCCAGUUUUCUUCAUAGAAGUCAGACCCUCUGCUUCCUUGCCUUAUGACUCUAAACGCGAGGAGGCAGAUAAUCAGAUGAGGCGGCGUGUUAGGGACUUGCGAGUGAACUUGACUAUCCCUGUUCUGUAUGGUGUUAGUGCAUUUGGCACUCGCCUCUCCUUCUACAGAUACGAUACUGGCUCGCAGGUGUUGACACCAGAGCAGAUUCUGGUUCAUCCGACUCGUCUUACGGAUGUUGCGCCGGCUGAUCGCUGGAACUGUGAUGUCCUGCAGGCGGAUGGGGCGCAACGCUUGAGAGAAGUUGUAGAGCAGGUGAAGCAGAUGUGUGCUCGAAUCUGA